AUGACUCGUACAAGGGUGAAACCAUGUUUCAUCACCUAUAAUUCUAUAAACCAUGGAUUUUCUUGUUCUGGGGAAUGGGAAGAAGCAACAAGCUUGCUGGAUAGGAUGAUGAAUGAUGGAGUCCAUCCUGAUGUAUUAACAUUCAAUUAUUUAAUCAAUGCUUUAUGCAAGAAAAGUAGGAUUGAAGAAGCCAUUUCCAUGUUGGAGCUAAUUAGUCAGAGAAAUGUAAAACCUGACGUUGUCACCUACAAUUGUUUAAUUCAUGCAUUGUGCAGUUCAAAUAAAUGGACAGAAGCAACAAACUUUCUCGAUAGGAUGAUGAAUGAAGGUGUCGAUCCUGAUGUAGUGACUUUCAAUUCUUUAAUCAAUGCUUUAUGCAAGGAAAAGAGAACAGAAGAAGCCAUUUCCAUGUUGAAACUAAUGAGUCAGAGAAAUGUAAAACCUGACGUUGUAACCCACAACUGUUUAAUACAUGCAUUGUGCAGUUCAAACAAAUGGACAGAAGCGACAAGCUUGCUCAAUAGAACGAUGAAUGAAGGAGUCAUUCCUGAUGUAGUAACUUUCAAUUCUUUAAUUGACGCUUUAUGCAAGAAAAAGAGGAUUGAAGAAGCCAUUACCAUGUUUGAACUGAUGGCUAGAAAAAAUGUAAAACCUAACAUUGUUACCUACACUUCUUUAAUACAUGGAUUGUGCAAAUCAGGCCAAUGCGAAGAAGCAACAAGCUUGCUCAGUAAGAUGGUCACUGAACAUAUUGUUCCUCAUAUUGAAAAUUUUAACAUUUUGUUGGAUGCUGUUAGCAAACAUGGAACAAACGACAAAGCUCGUGAAGUACUGAAGGUAAUGGAUCAACAUGGUGUGAAGCCUAAUGGAUUUACAUACAGGACAAUGAUCAGAAUGUAUUGUGGACUCGGUGAAAUGAACAAGGCAAAGGAUGUCUUUGAUUCAAUGGCAACCCAGGGUUUUGCACCUGAUUUAAUGGCGUACAAGAUGUUGAUCAAUGGGUAUACAAAGAGCAAAAGAAAAGAGGAGACUGUGAGGCUUGCUGAAGAAAUGCUAAGAGGGUUGACAAGGCUAUGA